AUGAGCAGCACUCUGCUUCGGGUCUGCCCCUCCGAGCUCAAGAUCCCCUGUAAGUACGAGGUCAAGAGGCAGCGAUCGUGCUGCAUGCAGCUCAUCAACAAGACCGACAAGUACGUGGCGUUCAAGGUGAAGACGACGAACCCGAGGAAGUACUCGGUGCGCCACACCUGCGGCAUUCUGCUGCCCCGGAGCUCCUGCAGCGUCACAGUUACGAUGCAGGCUCCCAGGGACAUGCAGCUGGAUCACCAUUGCAAGGACAAAUUCCUGGUGCAGAGCGCCGUGGCGCGGGACGGGGCCACCAUGAGAGAUCUCGUCCCUGAACUGUUCACCAGGGCGCCGGGUAGGUUGAUCGAGGAGUUCAAGCUGCGGGUGGUUUACAUUGCUGCUAAUCCCCCCUCACCGGUACCCGAGGAGGCAGAGGAGGAGGAUGCAUCUCCUCGGUCAGAGGCGAUGAUGGGCUAUGAGGCGAAAGUAUCAUCAGCGUUCGGUGCUGCAUCUAGAUGCGUAGAUAAUUCCGGAGCUAAACUUUCAUGUACCAAGGGUGCCUCUGUAGUAUCGACGCUUGUUGGAGAAAAAGUAUAUACAAGAGAAGAAAAUCAGAAAAAACUUCAGCAAAAUAUGGCGUUUCCAAUCAGGGAUUGUCGACGUGGCAGAUCAACUCCCGGGAUUGUUGGCUACACACGUGAUUGGGCCGGCCCAUCAGGCAUGAAGGGAGAUUUUGUUUUCUUUUUUUCAUUUUACUUUUCCGUAAGUGCGACGUAA